UCUUAUCUUUCUCAAUUUAAAUCAUACAUUCAUAUUCUAAGAAGAGUAGGAUUUACGUGAAGUAACUUUCACCCACACCGAAACCCACCAACCCAUUAACCUGAAUAAAACGCGGGUUUCGGUCUCUCUCUCUCUCAACCCCCUAAUUCGCGGCAACCGACGCUCUCUUUCUGAGUAACGUUCCUCUUUCUCCCUCCCUCUCUCUCUCUCUCUCUCUCUCUCUCUCUCUCUCUCCAUGGAUUUCGCUAUUAAUACACCCAGUCUCGCUCUUUUCUCCGUUGCGGUUGCUUUCAUCCUUCUUGCAAGCGCAGCAGAAGCCUCCAUCCAUUUCUACGACCAAGAAACCUUCAAGGAGGUCGGAAAUGCUUAUCUUCUUUCCGGUGGUAGCGAGGGCAUCGUCGCUUCUCGUGCUGGUGCUUUCGAUGACAAGAAUGCUGGAUCCGGGAUCCACGAUGGCCGUUCUUUUAUCCGAUUUGAGAAUAUCACCUUCUGGAGAAGCAAGGAAGCUGCAGACAAGCAUUCAAGUAUGGCACAUAGUACCGGGUUGAUUCAAGCUACUAUUUUUGAAGCAGCUGAUCGGGAUAAUAUUGGUGGUUCAGCUUAUGGUGGACAAAGAUCUAUAUGUUGCACCCCUGAUCUUGCAAAGCUUGAAGGUUGUAAGCAAGGCGAAGUCAUCAGGAGACCUUCUGCUGAGGAUCCUCAUUGGCCUAUUGUUUUAAAUAUACAAUUCAGUGGAAACUAUUUAUCUACAAAGAUGGAUGCUACUGAGGUUCACAUUACAAAGACUGGAAUGUAUAAUUUGUUCUUUAUAUCCUGUGAUCCAAAUCUUAAGGGACUGGUGAUGAGUGGAAAGACAUUGUGGAAGAAUCCUGAUGGUUAUUUACCAGGAAGGAUGGCACCAUUGAUGAAAUUCUAUGUUUUCAUGUCACUUGCUUAUAUAAUACUCAGUCUCAUAUGGUUUUCUCAGUAUGUGAGAUUUUGGAAGGACAUAUUGCAGAUUCAGAACUGCAUAACAAUUGUUAUUGCUCUUGGUUUGUUUGAAAUGGUUCUUUGGUAUUUUGAAUAUGCAAACUUUAAUAACACUGGAAUGAGGCCAGUUGGACUCACAACUUGGGUUGUGACAGUUGGAGCUGUAAGAAAAACUGUUUCACGCCUUCUUAUACUUUUUGUUUCUAUGGGAUAUGGUGUUGUUCGGCCUACUCUUGGUGGCCUUACCUCAAAGGUGCUUCUUCUUGGAGUUACCUAUUUCUUGGCAUCUGAGCUGCUUGAUAUUGCUGAGAAUGUGGGAACCAUCAAUGACAUUUCAGGAAAAGCUAGACUCUUCCUGGUUCUUCCUGAUGCAUUCCUGGAUGCAUUCUUGAUAUUGUGGAUUUUCACAUCUCUUUCAAAGACAUUGGAGCAACUACAGGCAAAGAGGAGCUCUGUUAAAUUGGAUAUUUAUAGGAAAUUUUCAAAUGCAUUAGCAGUAGCUGUAAUUGCUUCAGUUGUUUGGAUUGGUUAUGAGGUCUAUUUCAAAGCAACAGAUCCAUUCAGUGAAAGGUGGCAAAGUGCUUGGAUCAUCACUGCCUUUUGGGAUAUUAUUGCAUUUGGUUUGCUCUGUGUUAUCUGCUACCUUUGGCCCCCAUCUCAGAGCUCUCAAAGGUAUGCCUACUCUGAGGAAGUAGGAGACGAGUUUGAUGAUGAAGAAGCUCAAUCUUUAACCAGGGUAGCACCAGAAGGGGAUCUAAGUUUAGUGAAGCAAGAUAAGAAUGUUGGAAACAAUGGUGUAUUCAAUGUGGAAGAUGACACAGAGGAGGACAAGAGGGAAUAGUAACAAAUAAGAUGCACAAGUGCACAUGUUUUUUGUAACCUUUCGUGCCAACUUUAUUCAAAAGAAUACAACUAGGAAAGUUUGGUCAACUUCCUGCCCUCACUUAUUUUGCAGUUUUUUCAUUCUUCACUUGUGUAGAAAGGUUUUAUUUUCAGUAGUGUCCACUGGCAGCUAAAGCUGACCAAUGUAUGAUUAAUGAAUCUUAGAAUCCAGUGACAAUGUGAUUUCUUCUAUAUUUUUUGUAGAAACUGAUUGUCCUUUGUAUUUA